GGAAGUGUGGGACGGCAUUCGCGUACCAUCCGAAGCGGUACCAUGACCUCAGCCCUUGUGAAGAGGUUGGAGGGCAAGGUGGCCGUGAUCACCGGCGGCGCCAGUGGCAUCGGCGAGUGCACUGCCCGCCUCUUCUCGCAGCACGGCGCCAAGGUCGUCGUCGCCGACAUCCAAGAUGAGCGUGGCCGGUCAGUCUGCGACACCAUCGGCGCCACCUUCGUCCACUGCGACGUCACCAAAGAAUCCGACGUCCAGAAGGCCAUCGACACAGCUGUCACCGGCCACGGCAAGCUCGACAUCAUGUUCAACAACGCCGGCAUCAUCGACGCCGGCAAGCCCAUCACCGACACCGCGCUAUCCGACUUCCAUAAGGUCAUUGACGUGAUUGUGACCGGGGCCUUCCUCGGGACCAAGCACGCGGCCCGCGUCAUGGUCCCGGCCGGCCGGGGAAGCAUCAUAUCGACGGCGAGCGUCGCGUCGGUCAUCGGCGGGGUGGGGACGCACGCGUAUACUGCUGCGAAGCAUGCCGUGGCGGGGCUGACGAGGAGCGCGGCGGUGGAGCUGGGGAGGUUCGGCGUGAGGGUGAACUGCGUGUCGCCGUACGCGGUGGCGACGCGGCUGGCGGUGGAGUUCGCAAGGAUCGAUGAGAAGGUGUUCGAGGAGGCGAUGAGUAAGUUCGCCACCCUCCAGGGGACAUUGCUCAAGCCCGAGGACGUAGCCAUGGCUGUGCUGUAUUUGGCGAGCGAUGAAUCCAAGUAUGUGAGCGGGCACAACCUGAUGGUGGAUGGGGGUUAUAGCAUCGUUAAUCGGGCGCUUUUAUCGUUUGACCCCAGCGACCUCGCUUCUUCUUGAUUGAUUGUUGUUAUAUUUUGUCGUUGCUGGAGGAACUGGAAGUGCUUUAAUUUGUUGUUUGAGGAAUUAAGUAGGGCUUGGCCUCCUACGUUUAAAAUAAUAGUUCCAUCUCCAUAACACGGUUUGCUGUUGAAAUCCGAAUCCUAAUGAGAA